CAAGAUGGCGGACAAAACGCCAGGCGGCUCUCAGAAGGCCAGUUCAAAGGAUAGUCUUAGGCGACCCCUGUGAAAGGGUUGUUUGACCGCCAAAGGGGUCGCGACCCACAGGUUGAGAACCGCUGCUUUAGAGGAUGAGAGGACAAAGACAUCUGGGAGACAGAAAUGGAAAUGGAGAGCUGAUUAGGCAGAAUGGCAGCACUGGAAGGAUGUUACUGUGGAUGGCUUGCUAAUUUGAAAACUCAGACAAGAUCAUCAGAUGUUCAUUCAUCUGGAUCUUCAGAUGCACAUAUGGAUGCAUCUGGACCCUCAGAAAGUGAUAUGCCAAGUCGAGCACGACCUAAGAGCCCAAGAAAACAUAAUUAUAGGAAUGAAAGUGCCCGUGAAAGCCUUUGUGAUUCUCCUCACCAGAAUACUUCAAAACCUCUUCUAGAAAACAAACUUAAAGCAUUCAGUAUUGGAAAAAUGAGUACAGCUAAGCGAACUUUAAGUAAGAAGGAGCAAGAAGAAUUGAAGAAAAAGGAGGAUGAAAAGGCUGCUGCUGAGAUUUAUGAGGAAUUUCUUGCUGCUUUUGAAGGAAGUGAUGGUAAUAAAGUGAAGACAUUUGUGCGUGGAGGUGUUGUUAAUGCAGCUAAAGAAGAACAUGAAACAGAUGAAAAAAGAGGCAAAAUCUAUAAGCCAUCUUCAAGAUUUGCAGAUCAAAAAAACCCUCCAAAUCAGUCAUCCAAUGAAAGACCACCAUCUCUUCUUGUGAUAGAAACCAAAAAACCCCCACUGAAGAAAGGGGAGAAAGAAAAGAAAAAAAGCAAUUUGGAACUCUUCAAAGAAGAAUUGAAACAAAUUCAAGAAGAGCGUGAUGAGAGACAUAAAACAAAAGGCAGGUUAAGUCGAUUUGAGCCUCCUCAGUCAGAUUCUGAUGGUCAGCGGCGUUCCAUGGAUGCGCCUUCAAGAAGAAAUAGAUCAUCUGGUGUUCUUGAUGAUUAUGCACCUGGGUCACAUGAUGUGGGAGAUCCAAGCACUACUAAUUUAUACCUUGGAAACAUUAAUCCACAGAUGAAUGAAGAAAUGCUGUGCCAAGAAUUUGGAAGAUUUGGACCAUUAGCGAGUGUGAAAAUUAUGUGGCCUAGAACUGAUGAAGAAAGAGCAAGAGAGAGAAAUUGUGGCUUUGUGGCCUUUAUGAAUAGAAGAGAUGCUGAAAGAGCUUUAAAAAAUUUAAAUGGAAAGAUGAUUAUGUCUUUUGAAAUGAAGUUAGGUUGGGGUAAAGCUGUGCCUAUUCCUCCACAUCCAAUAUACAUUCCGCCUUCUAUGAUGGAACAUACGCUUCCCCCACCUCCAUCAGGACUGCCUUUUAAUGCGCAGCCUAGAGAGCGGUUAAAAAAUCCCAAUGCUCCCAUGUUACCACCACCUAAAAACAAGGAGGAUUUUGAGAAGACUCUGUCGCAAGCCAUAGUCAAAGUGGUUAUCCCAACAGAAAGGAAUUUGCUCGCCCUGAUACAUCGAAUGAUAGAGUUUGUUGUACGUGAAGGGCCAAUGUUUGAAGCUAUGAUUAUGAACAGAGAAAUCAACAACCCCAUGUUCAGAUUCUUAUUUGAAAACCAGACACCAGCCCAUGUUUACUAUAGGUGGAAGCUUUAUUCUAUUCUGCAGGGAGAUUCUCCAACUAAGUGGCGGACGGAAGAUUUUCGUAUGUUCAAAAAUGGAUCUUUUUGGAGGCCACCACCAUUGAAUCCAUACCUGCAUGGGAUGUCAGAAGAACAAGAAACAGAAGCUUUUGUAGAGGAGCCUAAUAAAAAGGGAGCACUUAAGGAAGAACAGAGGGACAAAUUAGAAGAAAUCUUGCGAGGGUUAACUCCAAGGAAAAAUGAUAUUGGAGAUGCAAUGGUUUUCUGUCUUAAUAAUGCUGAAGCUGCUGAAGAAAUAGUGGAUUGCAUUACUGAGUCAUUGUCGAUCCUAAAGACGCCCCUUCCCAAAAAGAUUGCCAGAUUAUAUUUGGUUUCUGAUGUUUUGUACAACUCUUCAGCAAAAGUUGCCAAUGCUUCAUAUUAUAGAAAAUUUUUUGAAACAAAGUUAUGUCAGAUAUUUUCAGACCUCAAUGCUACCUAUCGUACAAUUCAAGGCCAUUUACAGUCUGAAAACUUUAAGCAACGGGUAAUGACCUGCUUCAGAGCAUGGGAAGAUUGGGCAAUUUAUCCAGAACCAUUUUUGAUCAAAUUGCAAAAUAUUUUCUUAGGACUUGUAAAUAUUAUUGAAGAAAAGGAAACAGAGGAUGUACCAGAUGACCUUGAUGGUGCCCCUAUUGAAGAAGAGCUUGAUGGUGCACCUUUGGAAGAUGUGGAUGGAAUUCCUAUUGAUGCUACACCCAUUGAUGAUCUUGAUGGAGUCCCUAUAAAGAGUUUUGAUGAUGAUCUUGAUGGAGUGCCUUUAGUGGAUGCCACUGAAGACUCAAAGAAGAAUGAGCCUAUAUUUAAAGUUGCUCCAUCAAAAUGGGAAGCUGUAGAUGAAUCUGAAUUGGAAGCACAGGCUGUAACAACUUCUAAAUGGGAGUUAUUUGACCAGCAUGAAGAAUCAGAAGAAGAAGAAAAUCAAAAUCAAGAAGAAGAAAGUGAAGAUGAAGAAGAUACUCAAAGUUCCAAAUCUGAAGAACAUCAUUUAUAUUCUAAUCCAAUCAAAGAAGAGAUGACCGAGUCCAAGUUCUCUAAGUACUCUGAAAUGAGUGAGGAAAAACGAGCCAAACUUCGUGAAAUUGAGCUCAAAGUUAUGAAGUUUCAGGAUGAAUUGGAAUCUGGAAAAAGGCCUAAAAAACCAGGCCAGAGCUUUCAGGAGCAAGUAGAACACUACAGAGAUAAACUUCUUCAACGAGAGAAAGAGAAAGAAUUAGAAAGAGAACGAGAAAGAGAUAAGAAGGAUAAAGAAAAAUUGGAAUCUCGAUCCAAAGACAAGAAGGAAAAAGAUGAGUGUACUCCAACAAGGAAAGAAAGGAAAAGGCGACACAGUAUGUCCCCUAGCCCAUCUCGCAGUAGCAGUGGUAGACGAGUGAAGUCCCCAUCACCAAAGUCGGAGCGAUCAGAGCGUUCAGAAAGAUCUCAUAAAGAGAGUUCACGGUCCAGGUCAUCUCACAAAGAUUCUCCUCGAGAUGCUAGCAAAAAGGCCAAAAGAUCACCAUCUGGUUCAAGAACACCUAAAAGGUCUAGGCGAUCACGGUCUAGAUCCCCUAAAAAAUCAGGGAAGAAAUCCAGAUCCCAGUCCCGAUCUCCACACAGGUCUCAUAAAAAGUCAAAGAAAAACAAACAUUGACAUACGUUUUUAAGAUGCUGUCACUUAUUGGAAAUGCAAUUUUGUUUUGUGCCUGAAUGGUCUGUUUUAAAAAAAAAUCAAAUGAAAGAGCAUUCCUGGGAUUUUUGUUUGUUUAUUUGUGAAGCAUGUGUAACUGCAUCUGUAGACCUGUCAUUGUUUUAUAUUGUGUAAAUUACUUUUUUUGUGGCUGUUUUCAAGAUGAAAUUAUUGUGGUAAUGAAUUUCAUCAGAAAUGUGUAUAAUGGAUCUGCUGGCAGUAGUAGUAUUUUGUUUUAGAAUGCUGUGACUUAGCAAAACUAAUACAGAUGUCUUCCCCCAUUUUGUAGCUUUGGCAAUUUGAAUUAGAUUUCAAAUAAAAUCUGAACAAAAAACCAUAAUGUUCUUUUUUUGCCCUAUUGGUAACAUCAAGUCCCUUAAAGUCCUUGUCCUACUAAGUGAGUUUAGCACUUCUGUUGUAUUUGUAUACCUAACACACUAUACCUAGCUCCAUUGUUCAUGCAGCUAAAGUUUUAUAUUUACUAAGAUGACCAUAAAAAUUAGGGAACCCGAGACUCCUAUUUGGUAGGUUUGCAAGCCAAUUUCUUCGAUAAGGUUCUCUUGGGUAAUACUAGUACCCAGAGGUCAAAAGAUAAGGUGAAUGUGGCAUGGUCUUUUGCUGGCUACAGUAAAUUUACAUUUUCAAAGAAGCAAUAUGAUUUCAGUACACUCAACCUAUGUCCUGAGCAACUACUUAUUAUGAGGGAAAAAUUAAAUCUCCAUCUUUUUAUUUCAUUCGUCAUGAAAGAAUUUUAUUUUGAAAGCAUUUUUCUAAUAAGAAUUGCCCAUAGAAUUAGUUGUUUGAUAGUUGCCCCUUCAUUUUUUAUUUUUUUUAAUCCUCACUGAGGAUAUUUUUCCAUUGAUUUUUAAGGAAAGUGCGAGGGAGGGAGGGAGGGAGAGAAACAUCACUAUGGAAGAGACACAUCAAUUAGUUGCCUCCUGCACAUGCCCCAACUGGGCCAGGGAUCCAGCCUGCAGAGCUGAUAACUGAGGUACUUGCCCUUGUCCGGAAUCGAACCCAUGACCCUUCAGUCUGCAGGCCAACACUCUAUCCCCUGUGUCAAACCUGCCAGGGCGAUAGUUGCCCCUUUAUAGCCCUCCGUAGGCUAUCUUCAAAACCCUAGUGUUAGUAAAUUUCUACAAGCUUCUGUUGAAAGUACCUUUGUUUUUGUGUGUGUGUGUGUGUGUGUUUUUAAAGAUUUAGUUUUAGCAUUAAGUAAAGUUUAAAAAUAAGAUAGUUUUAAGGAAACUUAACAUCCAAUAGUUUGUAAAUUCAGGGUGCAGAAAGUUGAUUUAAACCAUUUGCAGAGUUGAAAUCUGUUAUGCAGUGGGAGAAACAUUGCUGCUGUCUAAGGAAGAAAUAAGAAACCUUGUAUGAUGUUGAUCACAGUAUUGCUAUAAAUGUAAUGGGAUAAAGGGCUUUGUAAAUGGAUCUGACACUGCUCUUUUUGAAUCUGUCUCCGUUUCACAUUUAGGCACCGUGAUUUCAUGGGGGGUUUUUCCCCUUAAAAGAGAGUAGAAAAUGAUCCCAAAUAAGUUGUUUUGAGUUACUAUGCUUUUUAAAAAUAUAUUUUCAAUUGUUUUACUUAAUCUUGCCUAGUCACAAAAUAAAAUAAGUUGUACCCAUUUUGGAGGGAGUUAGGUGUAUUAGCUGAGCAGUUAGGCAUGCUAUUUCCAAACUGGUCAAACCUACAAUAGCUUUAGAAGUGAGCCAAUCAUAUUAUUUUACUUAGUGGUUCUUAUCAACAUGCAGUAUUGCUUGGAAGUUAUUCUUUUAUUGUUCAUUUUUUUGUUUGUUCAUAUUUUUUAAUUUCUAAGUGUUGCUCAAAAUAAACAUGAACAUUUGGUACUGGUUUUUAAAAGCUACAAAUACAGCCAUUUAAAAAAUUAUCCUUUUUUUGCAAAAAUUGUAAUGUUGAGUUUCUGCUGAUUUGGGCAUUCCAUCAUUCUCUGGUAUCUAUUAUAGGCUUAGAAAUAACUGAAGUCAGGUAACGAUUUUGCCAGUCAAGUUGCAAGGAAUGCUUACUUCUAUCUUAAAACAUAUCUGAGAGAAGUAGGAGUGAGUAGAAAUUGUUAGGUCGGUUGUGGGUGCUUAUUUGUAGUAUUUUUUUCUACUGCAAUGGGAUUUAGCAGUUCUUUUAAUGUGGAACCAGAUACAGUGAACCUAGUUUAUGUCACAGUGGGUAAGAUUGGCUUCCUUUUGGAUGCAUGGGUGGGGAUUGUUUGGUCUUGAUAGAAUAUGUAUUCUCUGAAGUUUGUUAAUGUAUGUAUUAGAUUGUAUGGGAUUUUUUUUUUCUGGAAUUGCAAUACUAUUGUUAGAUAAAUUUUACUUACUGAGAAAAUAUCUAAAGUAAGCCUGUUUAAUUCUCCAUGGAUUUCUAUGAAAGUUUAAGGGGAUCCAGAAAUUGGUGAAUAUUAGUGGGGAGAUAGUCUACCAUAUUUUUAUAAUAGCAUAUUGCAUAAUGCUAAAUUGGUUAGCAAAAUUUUUACAGGUUGACUAAAAUGUUAGUAGGCAAGGCCUUCUAGUUACAGGAAAUGCCCUGUUUUGCUGGCUCUGUGAUAGACAGUUACUAUUUUCUGCCAUAGUUGUCUGCUGUUCUUAUAAAGGGCGUGGUGUACCCUCUAACCUAUUUAUACACAGGUAUUCUAUACCAGGUUGAUCCUAUCUAAUAAAGAGGUAAUAUGCAAAUUGACCAUCACUCCAACACACAAGAUGGCCGCCCCCAUGUGGACACAAGAUGGCCAGCAGGGGAGGGCAACUGUGGGCGAUCAUACCAGCAGGGGAGGGCAGUUGGGAGGGACCAGGCCUGAAAGGGAGGGCAGUUGUGGGCGAUCAGGCCUGCAGGGGAGGGCAGUUAGGGGUGACCGGGCCGGCAGAGGAGGAAAGUUAGGGGUGACCGGGCCAGCAGGACAGGGCAGUGGGGCUGACCAGGCUGGCAAAGGAAGGCAGUUAAGGGCGACUAGGCCAGCAGGGUAGGGAAGUUGGGGGUGACCAGGCCCGCAGGGGAGGGCAGUUGGGGGUGAUCGGGCCGGCAGGGUAACAGGUGUCAAUCAGGUUGGCAGGGGAGUGGUUAGAGCAGGGGUGGGCAAACUUUUUGACUCGAGGGCCACAAUGGGUUCUUAAACUGGACCGGAGGGCCGGAACAAAAGCAUGGAUGGAGUGUUUGUGUGAACUAAUAUAAAUUCAGAGUAAACAUCAUUACAUAAAAGGGUAUGGUCUUUUUUUUUUUUUUUUUUUUUUUUUUUAGUUUUAUUCAUUUCAAACGGGCCGUAGUUUCCCCACGGCUGGGUUAGAGGAUGAUCAGGCUGGCAGGCAGAAGCGGUUAGGGGUAUGCAGGCAGGCAAGCGGUUGAGAGCCAGUAGUCCUGGAUUGUGAGAGGGAUGUCCAACUGCCCGUUUAGGCCUGAUCCCCCUAAACCGGCAGUCAGACAUCCCUUGAGUGGUCCCAGAUUGGAGAGGGUGCAGGCUGGGCUGAGGGACAUCCCCUCCCAUCCCUCCACCCCCACCCCCGUGCAUGAAUUUCAUGCACCGGGCCUCUAGUCUAUAAUAAUAAAAGUGUAAUAUGCUAAAUAGACCAGUCUUUCUCCUGGUCAAAGCCGGGACUGCGAGGGAAGCCCGGGUCCUGGGUGCCUGCCGGCAGCCGGAGGGAAGCCUGGGUCCUAGGUUCCAGAAAGAAGCCGGUGCCAGCAGCUGGGGGAAGGAAGGCCUACUCUUGCACAAAUUUCAUGCAUUGGGCUUCUAGUAUCAUAAUCUCCCUCUAUUUUACAAGUGAGAGAAAGGAAGUAAAUGGGAGUCUAUUUCUUAGCAAAGAGAGACCUGUGAUUGAAAGAAUCAUGUUUGAGAAUUUUUUUUUUACACUGUCUUUACUGUUAGUAAGUGUAUGGGCAUUUCUGAGCUGUAACAUGUUGAGUACUUAGAGAUUAAAGAACUAAACAAAAAGCCCUGACCCCAGAGAAUGCUCUUAUUUGUCUCAGAAUAUUUUUGGCUUUCGAGAUAAAGUUUGCAGAAGUUAUAGCUUGGCCUAAUUUUUCUUCAUUGCAGACCAUUCCUGUGGGCUUACCCUGAGACUUUUAUCCUAAUUAAGGAAUAUCAGAGGGAGGAAAGAUUUGUAUUUUGCCCCCUAAACUUGGGUAUUCUUGAGCACUUGAAAAUAUUUUUUAAUACUAGUUGUGCCCUAGCUGGUUUGACUCAGUGGAGAGAGCAUUGGCCUGCAGAUUGAAGGACCCUAGGUUGAUUCCAGUAAAGGGCACAUGCCUGUGUUGCAGGCUCGGUCCCCACUGGGGGGCGUGCAGGAGGCAGCUGGUCAAUGAUUAUCUCUCAUUGGUGUUUCUAUCUCUCCCUCUCCCUUUCUGAAAUCAAUAAAAAAAAAUUUAAAAAGAAAAUAGUAAAAAAAAAAAAAAGAAGAAGAAGAAGAAGAAGAAAUUCCAGUUGUGAUCUAAUUGAGGUUUAUUAGAAACUAGAAGCCUGGUGCACAAAAAUUUGUGCACUCGGGGGGGUCCCUCAGCCCGGCCUGCGCCCAUUUGCAGUCCAGGACCCCUUGGGGGAUGUCCACCUGUCAACUUAGGCCCACUCCCCGGGGGAUCAGGCCUAAGCUUACAGUCAGACAUCCUUCUGGCAGCCAGGGAGCCCUCGGGGGAUUUCCGACUAAAGGCUUAGGCCCCCAAGGGAUCGGGUCUAAACCAUUAGUUGGGCUUUCUUAGUGCUGCACAGAGGUAGGAGAGGCUCCUGCCACCACCUCUGUGCUGGCCAGCCAUGAGCCAGCUUCUGGCUGAGUGGCACUCCCCAUAUGGAAGUGCACUGACCACCAGGGGGCAGCUCCUGCAUUGAGCGUCUGCCCCCUGGUGGCCAGUGCGCAUCAUACCAACCAGUCAUUCUGCCAUUCAGUCAAUUUGCAUAUUAGCCUUUUAUUAUUAUUAUAUAGGAUGUCCCUAUUUCCCCCCUUUUGCCCCCUCUACCCAGUUCUUGCCCCCCAUUUCUCUCUGGCCAUCACCAUACUGUUGUCUGUGUCCAUGGGUUGUGCAUAUAUUUUCUUUGGCUAAUCCCUUCUUGAAAUUCACUUCUUUAAAUUUUUAUUUUCAGAUAAGUGCUUAUAACUGCACUAUUAUAUAUUUUCUAUUAUAUCAUUUAGAAUUAAGAUAUUUUUAAUUGAACCCUUGUAAAUUUUAGCACAAUUUAAUAAAUUAUGCUAGAAGCAAUUAGGAGAUUUUUCAUGUAAUGCAGAUAUAUUUCAAUUAGUAUUUUGUUUUUAAUUUUUUAAUAUUUUAAUUUGAAAUAAUCUCAUACAUGAAAAAAAACUAUAAAGUACUACAGCAUAUUAUAUGUACCCUUCACCCAAUUUCUUAGGUGUUAAUAAUUUAAACAUAACCAUUAUACAACUAACAAAAUUUGGAAUAUAUUUUUCUUAUAAUCUCUUUAAUGUUACUUAAUCCAUUUAUUUUGUUUUUGUUAAUCUUCACCCAAGGAUAUUUUUCCAUUGAAUUUUAGUGAGAGUGAAGGAAAAGGGAGAGACACAUUGAUUGGUUGCCUCCUGCACAUGCUCUGAUAGGGACUGGGGAUCAAGCCAGCAACUGAGGUACAUGCCCUUGACUGGAAUAAAACCUGGGACCCUUCAGUCCACGGGCUAAUUCUCUAUCCACUGAGCAAAACAGGCUGCAACUUAAUUCAUUUACUUUUAAUCUAUAUGUGUCUUUAUAUUUAAAGUGGGUUUUGUUUUUGAUUCACCCUCAUAAUCUGCCUUUUAAUUGGUGCAUUUAUGCCACUGACUUUCAGAGUGCUUACUGAUAGAGUUACUGCCGUAUCAGGUGGCUUCUGGGUCUGACCUGCGGCCCGGGAUCGGAUCCGAUCACGGGCGGCAGGCAGGCGGCUUCUGGGGCUUCCAGGGCCGGCCUGUGGCCUGGGAUCGUGGCUUCUGGGGUCACACACAGGGGCCUGGAUGGUGUCUUGCGCUGUCCUGCCCUGCCUGCAGUAUGCAAAUUAGCCACCAUCUUUGUUGGUGGUUAAUUUGCAUAUCGUGCUGAUUAGUCAAUGGGGAUGUAGUGAAGGUACGGUCAAUUACCAUGUUUGUCUAUUCUUAGAUAGGAUAUUCUGUACACAUUUAUCUCUGUAGUGGUGUAAAUUCUGAAAAAUUGUAUGGCCAUGGUAAUAGUUUAUCAUUUUGAUCAUUCAAAAUGAGAGCAAAUUAAUGUUUGCCGAAGUUGUUUAACCUAUUCUCAGAUGACCACAUAGAAUGAUUUUUUUUAAAUAUAUUUUUAUUGAUUUCGGAGAGGAAGGGAGAGGGAAAGAGAAACAUUAAUGAUGAGAGAGGAUCACUGAUCAGCUGGCUCCUGCAUGCCCCCUACUGGGGAUGAAGCCAGGCAUGUGCCUUUGGCUGGAAUUGAACGUAGGACUCUUUAGUCCACAGUCCACUGAGCCAAACCAGCUUGGGCCAGUAUGAUUUCUUUAGCAGAGAAAAUUGUUUUUGAAAAUAAAUAGUACCACUUUUCUAAGACUAUAUAUACAUUUAAGAAAUAAGAGCUUUUUUUCCUUUGUUGUUUUCCUCUUAUACUAGUAUUUUAAUGGAAAAGCUAAUUACAGAAAAUUCAGUGUAGAUACUAAUAAAGGCAUUAGUAUAAGUUUAAAGGAACAUGUGACUAAAAACUCAGCUUGGUUUAUUCACACUCCAUUUGCAUGUUUUAGGAUAGAGUUUUAGAGGUCUUUAAUUCACUAUAUUUGUGGCUUUAUUUUUUGUUACCAACUUCCCAGGACUUAGAUAAUGUACAGAUGCAAAUCCCAGGGGAAGUGCUGUGAUGACAAGACUGGGGACUACUGCUGCUCAAAGUGAGCCCUGUCCCAGGUGAGGAUGUAGCAGUGCUCCCUCAGUGCCACCACCUAAGCUUCCUGUACAUGGGUUAUAUGCAUAACUGGGUGUCAUAUAGUUUUAUAGUUGGAGAAAAUGACCUCACUCAUUUCACUUGUAAUUAUGCUUGGAGAACUGUUGAUUUAUCUUUUUACUUCAACAGGCUCUUAUACAUUUUACCUUUGGUGAUUUUGAAUAUCAGGAAAUACAGUUUUUCAGAAAUGAAAAUAAUAUAUUUGAAUCAGCUCAGCUAAAAUGUUCUCCAGUAAGACAAUUUCUUUUGGGUGAAUUGAUUCCAUGAUUUACUCACUCUUGAUGUAAGGGUUAAGUGUAUUUUGGAGCUGCUCUCCAGACUGUCACUUUAUGGUUUUUCUACAUAAAGAUUAUCUAUUUACAGACAAAGGUUGUAGAAUUCCCCUUUUGUUGUUUUUUGACUUUUGAUUACUUUAAUAAAAUUAUGUUCUUUUCAUAGCAAACUAUAGUCUGUUACACAUAAUUUUCUCUGUAUAGUUUUCUAAUGCCAGCCCAGCAACCAUAUCUAGUUUUUGGCAGCUUUCUUCCAAGAGAAGUAAGUGAUGUGUCACCUUUACCAGUUGUAGCUAAAGUGUUACUACAUUUCACAUGUUUAAACUACAAUAAAAUAUUUUCAUGAUAGAUUA